AGCGCCAAAGUUAACCUCUCCUCCGAAACCUGAUCAUCACACCCGUAAACAAGAUCAUGAGUACCGAAACUACAGCGGAGAAGCCUACCGUGGCGGAGCAAUCUGCAGUGUCCACUUUAGAGGCAAGAAUACAGUCACUGAACCAACUGAACGACCGCAUUCAACAGUUGCGACAUGUACCUAGCCUUCUUCUCCGACAUACGACGACUCCAGAUGUGCUCAUGUUCUCAGAUCCAGCUUCCGAUCUGCAGCAUGAUCUCGAGGUUGUGAAGGAAGUGAAUGAAAAACUGCGUUCAAAGGAUGUCCAAGAGAUCCUGAAAGCAGCCGCAGAAAGUGAGAAGAAAGACCCGACUGGUCUUCAACCGCGACGCGGCAAAAGGUCAGAAAAGUCAAAGUCACACGAUGCGCCUUCCCCGGAAUCGCCUAUGGCUUUUCCCUCAUUUCAGCCGCCUUCGUCCCAGCUACUACCUUCGGCAGACCUCAUCAGUGCUCCGCUCAAACUAGAGGGGCUGGCAGAUUUUAUAAGAGACUACAACAAGUCACAUAACAAUCGACUACAUAUAUGGACAUCUACGAGUCGCCAACAGGCAACUGCUUUACAUAACUUCCCCGUAACCGUACGUUUCACUAUCCCCGAUGUGGUCGCUGUUUACCUGACCUUGGGAUGUAAUCCCACCGACGAAACCAUCAUCGUGGAGAGCGCCACCGCAUUCGGUCCAGCAGAACGGAAACCGCCACACUCACAGUCGGACUAUGCUGUGUACCAAAAACUAUCGCAACAGCUGGCCAAGGUCAUCCAAUCUCAGCCGCUUGCUCCGUUUCAACUUAUACUCACGGUUCUUGCUUCAUAUGAAAAUCUAUUUCUCGAACGGUGUAGUGUUUGCCAACGCGUUCUUUCCGUGGAGGGCCAUAUACCAGCUGUUGGAAGGAUAUGGACUCACAAGCCUUCCGGCUCUGAAAAUCCUUGGGAGGCUAGACAUCCUACUUGCAUGCACAAUUCAUGAAUUUAGGGACCAUCUUUCAUUAUUCUACCACUUGGGAUUAGACCCUAGCCAAUGCAUAUGUAGGGCAUCGAACGCCUCAAUUCAACCAACAGCUGAGAAGACGCGUU